AUGACGGACAAAGGCCGUAAUCAGUCCGAGAUUGAAGAUGUCCCCAUGGAUAAAGUCGAGAGCAAUGCAAUCAGUCUCAAAGAAGCCGGCCUGGACAUUGAUCCAGUGCUCGAGAAGAAGCUCUUGCGGAAGGUCGAUCUGAACUUGAUUCCCAUCACGUUCCUGCUCUUUCUAUGCGCUUUCAUUGAUCGCAUCAACAUCGGUAAUGCGCGGAUUCAAGGACUGGAAAAAGAUCUCAACAUGCACGGCUCCGACUACAACAUCGCCCUCUUUUCAUUCUUUGUGUUGUAUAUUCUCCUGGAGGCGCCCGCGAACGCGCUCCUCAAGAACAUGCGCCCCUCCAUCUUCAUCAGCGUCAUUAUGGCACUCUGGGGUGUUGUGACGGUAUGCCAGGGACUCACACGAUCAUUCGCUGGCCUUGUGGUCUGUCGAGUAAUAAUAGGAGCGCUAGAGGCUGGCUUCUUUCCGGGAUGUCUGUACCUGAUUUCCAUGUAUUACAAACGCUUUGAACUUCAGUUGCGUUUCAACCUAUUCUUUUCGGCAUCCAUCAUUGCAGGCGCUUUCUCGGGCUUGUUGGCAUACGCAAUCGCUUUCAUGGAUGGGAUCGCCGGGUACGGAGGCUGGCGGUGGAUUUUCAUCCUCGAGGGUAUCUUUACUGUUGUGGUUGCAGCCAUCUCCUACUGGAUCAUUCCAGAUUGGCCAGAAACGGCAAAGUUCCUGAAGAGCGAUGAGCGAGAGCUUCUCAUCCGCCGUCUUGCUCUCGAUGUCGAGAACGCCACAAUGAACCACUGGAACAAGACAGCCGCGAAGCGGAUAUUCGGGGACGUGAAAAUGUACCUUGGUAUCGCCAUGUAUUUAGGUAUUGUGACAACCAGCUAUUCGGGAGCUUUAUUCACACCUACGAUCCUCAAACAACUGGGUUGGACUUCGAUUCAUGCUCAAGUCAUGUCCAUUCCCAUCUUUGUUGUCGCCACCAUAUGUGCCCUUACGGCCGCUGUACUGAGUGACAGACUCCACCACCGAUUCGGCUUCGUCAUCUUUGGCUGUGUUGUGGCCACCAUUGGGUAUGUCAUCUUCUUGAACAUGCAUAAGGUGGCAGUUGGGGUUCGAUAUUUUGCUCUUUAUCUGGUCAUCGCAGGUGGGUACAUUGCUCAACCAAUCACACUUGUAUGGGUGAACAACAACAUGUCGGGCCACUAUAAAAGGGGGAUCAGCAGCGCCAUGAUGGUAGGCUUCGGUAACUGCGGAGGUAUAAUAGCCUCAAAUAUGUUCAUAACGAGCGAAGCGCCCGAAUAUCACCUUGGGUUUGGACUUGGCCUCGCCUUGGUUUGGCUGUGCGUUAUAAGCGCCGUCAUACUCCUCUUCUACAUUAGGAGAGAGAACGCAUUGCGCGAGCAAGGUCGAAGAGAUUACAGGUAUCAACUACAUGAGGACGAAAAGAGAAAUCUUGGUGACGACCAUCCCGCGUUCCGCUUUACUUACUGA